AUGGCAUCCGCAUUACCCUCCCUCCGGACCAUUUCCAAGUUCGCCCUGGGCGGCGCCCAGGUCCUGCUGGGAUCUGGCGCCAGAGUACGAGGAGGCACUCCUCUGACUUGCUCUAACCCUCAGCUGAGCUGUCAGAACAACACCGUUGUGGAGGACCUUUGCUGCUUCAACUACCCCGGUGGGCAGAUGUUACAGACGCAGUUCUGGGAUACCCACCCGGUCACCGGUCCCGUUGAUUCCUGGACUAUCCACGGCCUCUGGCCUGAUCACUGCGAUGGGACCUUCGAUGCGAGCUGCGACUCUUCUCGAUCCUACUCCAAUAUCUCCGACAUCCUGACAGCCUUUGGCGAGACGGAAACCCUCACGUUCAUGGAGAAAUACUGGAAGGAUUAUAAAGGGGAUGAUGCUUCUUUCUGGUACCAUGAAUGGGCCAAGCACGGCACAUGUAUCAGCACGUUGAGCCCGAAGUGCUACGAUGACUAUGUCCCGACGCAAGAAGUGCCGGACUUUUUCCAGAAGACCGUGGAGCUAUUCAAGAGCCUGCCUUCGUAUGAGUGGCUUUCUGAGGCUGGCAUUACACCCUCGUCGUCCAAGACGUAUACCUUUGCAGAAAUCCAGAAGGUGCUAUCCGCAAAGCACGGGAAUGAAGUUACACUGGGUUGCAAAGGCGGCGCACUCAAUGAAAUUUGGUAUCACUUCGACGUGCGCGGUUCAGUGGUCACUGGAGAAUUUGUUUCCGCAGAGCCCGAUGGAACGAAGUCGUCUUGCCCGAAGACCGGCAUCAAGUACCUGCCCAAGGGCUCAAGCGGCAACCCUACUACGACAAGGACCGCAACUGCCACCAGGACGACCGCCACCACUGCGCCCACAAGCACUGGCUCCUUCUCUGGGAAGGGUCAUCUCAUGGUCGAGGUUGGCGGCUCGAGCAACGGCUGUAUCAUCAGCAAGGGCACGUGGUACACAUCGGGCACCUGUGCCACCUUUACUGCCGCUGACAGCGGCGACGGAUUCACCCUGAGCAGCAGCAAGGGCGACUGCGGCAUCGCAGAUGGUGCUUUGACCUGCGGAUCCGGCGUCAGCGAAGCCACUGUCUUUACGGCUGACGGUGGCAACCUGGCAGCGGACAACAGCACUGCGUUUUAUGCCGACAAGGUUCCCUCGGGCACGACACAGCAAACAGUUUAUACGGAAGAGAGGGACGAGCAGCUUGUCAUCACUUGGAAGAGCGCUUAA